AUGUUGAGAAUUGGGUCAUGGAACAUAGGUACAUUGACGGGUAAGUCUAUAGAGUUGGUGAAGAUCCUCCAGAAGAGGAAGGUCAAUAUAGCGUGUGUCCAGGAUACUAGGUGGGUAGGAUCGAAGGCGAGAGAUGCAGACGAGUAUAAGCUGUGGUACUCUGGAGUCCUGAAGGGUAAGAACUGUGUGGGUAUUUUGGUGGAUAGGGAACUUAGAGAGUCUGUGGUAGAGGUUAGGCGGGUGAAUGAUAGGUUAAUAUCUAUUAAGUUGGUGGUUGGAAAGUGCACCCUAAAUAUCGUUAGCGCUUAUACGCCGCAAACGGGCUUGGAAGAGGAGGUUAAGAGGCACUUCUGGGAGGGGUUGGAUAAGAUUGUGCAUAAUAUCGCCCGCUGA